CUACACUAAUCAGUUAAAGCUUGUCGCGUGCCAACUUUUUUUUUCGUCAUCACAUCAAAUCUUUCUCACUGCCAUUUAUUUAUUUAUUCAACAACGUAUCAAAACUCUUGAUGCUCCUCAUUCGUAGCCUUUCCUCGGAGAAAUAACAUGUAGGUAAUUAAAAACCAACAAACCAAAUCAUAGCCAGACAAGACAAAACAAACAUGCCUUGACUCUAGUGGUCUCCUUUCUUCAUCUCCUCUUAUCUUGUCUAGAAAGUAAUUCUUGCUGGCAUAAUGCAGUAACCGCAUAUUAUUCUUUAUCAUUGAUAGAAUGGCAAGCAAUAGCGACAACGUCGGCAAUGUCACCAAAUUUCCUAAAGUCCAAGGAGGCGGCAGUCUGAUUCUGGCCUGGCAGAUAAAGAACAAGCAUGUUCUAGUAGUUGGGGGUGGUGAGGUCGCGGCAGGCCGCAUUCUCAAUGUUCUCAACGCCGAUGCUAAGGUCACUGUUGUGAGCCCAUCUUCCGGACUCAAUCCAGAAGUGCGAUAUCGCAUCACCAAUCAGGAGAUCACCCACGUCGAUCGUGUAUUCCAACCCUCAGACCUCGAGACUCUACCCCCAAGUAAUGGACCCCCUGAUAUGGUCCUUGUUGCCGUUGACGAUCCCGCCGCCUCUACCCAAAUCUGGAAACUUUGCAAGGAGCGCCGUAUCCCGGCCAACAUCGCCGAUGUGCCCCCCGAAUGCGACUUCUAUUUUGGUAGCAUCCAUCGCGAUGGUCCCCUACAGAUCAUGGUCAGUACCAACGGAAAGGGGCCAAGGCUAGCUGCCAGCAUCCGGAAAUGGAUUGGGAAUCAGUUGCCCACCGGUGUUGGCGACGCCAUCGAGAGGAUUGGUGAGCUGCGCGCCAAACUACGGAAGGUAGCCCCUAACCCCGAGGAAGGUCCCAAGCGCAUGCGUUGGAUGAUAAGGGUCAGUGAUGUCUACAGUUGGGAUGAGAUGUGUGGGCUCACGGGUGAAGAUAUGGAUAACCUCCUAACAUUUUACCCUUCCAAUGAGGUACCCCACUUGGACUUGCUUAAGGCCAUGCGGGGUGGCAAGUCUGCUGAGGACAUCGAUAUCUUUGACGGGUCGUUUGGCUUCAGUGUCGUCGCUUGAAGUGGACCGGCGACCACGUCUCGCAUUUGAUGACAUUGCUCAGGGUCAUACGUAUAUGGAUGUCAUAUAUAACAUCUAGGAACUUCCAUGCCCACAAAAGAUUUGAUUAUAUAAAUUGAAGUUGUAUUAUCGAUCUUCCAAUAUAUUCGCUUGUUGUACAACUCUUCUGGAGGUUUUGGAUUGGGUUUGUCCACUAUAAAGGAUGUAGAUAUCCUAAGAAUAUCUUUGUAUUGUACUAUUUCAGCUACGUACCUGUCAAUUGUCUUGGAAGUAAGAAGUGGCUCCUUACAAUGAAUACUAUGAACGUGAGAAAUUCUCACUUGGUGC